CAGAAGAGUGGUAGGAUGAAUCACAUGAACCCGACGACGGGGUAAUGUAAUUUCCCGCCCUUGAAGUAUGCAGAGAGGGUUAACAAUAGCGUCAUUUCUUCCUAAUCGCACCUGACUUGCUCCAUCGACGUGGACUCUCGGGACUCCGAUCGUCUUUCAGCUCCGAACUUCAGGGUACUAUAUUAUUCAUCAUUGCUCUCACUUUCCUUUGGGCUUCGGGUUAUCUAGCGCUCGGGCAGUCAUGCCGCGGGGAUUCCCUCACCCACUUUCGUUAUAUUAGCAGGGCGUCGUGCAGCGCUGCUUACAGUUUAUUCAAAACAACUGUUCGCGUUUCGUCUCAACUAGGGGAUAGUUUAUUUUUUUCAUUCUCAUUACUCCAGCCCGGUAUUGCCCGCUGUCUCUGCGCUUAUGGUCCUUCAGCGAGCAUUGUGUCUUUGUUUUAUCCGGUACAAAUCUUCUGUCUGCGCACGCAGCUGUGCCAGUGUUUCCGCUGAAAAAUAUCAUUUAUUCUGAAUCUCGCUACCGCUUUUGUUAAUUUCAGGCUGCACUCCGGAAAACUCGAAGCCAGCUGCAGUCGCUAUUGGAUUCGCGAGACUCAUUAAUGCGCUGCCUCCACAUCGUAAAGGUUGCUCAGGCCUUCUGCUAAUGUCCCCUAAUUUUCAGCACGCUCCGCUAUACACGACUGACUGACCAAUAUGUUGUGGAUCAGCUAAAUUUAUCUACCCUUGUUUGUUUGUUUUCGCUUCCUCUUAACCGCACUCAAACCGGACAACGCGCUGUCGCUGACUGCGUUAACUCAUCUUUACCGGUGGUUUCCAUCCUCGUCUCUGAACAAAACGCUGUAUCUCAUAUACAUCUUCUCAAAGGUAGAGGGAGACUGCUGGCGCAUAAAUGAGUGGAGUUUGGCUUUCCCCACGAACCUCACGCUUUACCGCAAUGUUGCCGCUGUCACCUACGAGAAGCCACAGACGUGGGAGUUCGUCAGCAAGAAUCAUCGUCUUAGCGGCAUGUGUGCUGUUCUCGAUCACCGCCCGAUGCUCGCGAGCGGAGAAUGUGAUAAAUGCGUCUGAAGGAGCGUCCCCGGCGUUCGCGUCAACGACAGCAGCCGCAGCGGGCUCCACUAAUGAGACUGGCUUCCUGCACGUGCUACGAGACUUCAUCGCGAGUGGCUUCGACAACGUACCUCCCACUUUGACGCGCAAGCUGCUCGGGGCCGACAUGCGGACAGAGUGCAGCUUGGCACUACUCCGGACAGUGAACGCCUUCAAAAAGUUGGAGCCAUGGGCGUUGAGACUAUUCGAUGCAACUGGGAAGUACCCGACGGGCAUGCUGCAGAUUUCACGCGUUGACCUUGGCGCUUUCGACGAGUGUCUGGAGACGGAACUGAGCGACAGCUCUGGGAAUGUAAUUUCAAAUGGCCAGUACUGCAACCUCCAGUUUCAAAUUAAGAAAGGCUUCAUCGGAGAAAAAGAGCUCGAAUAUUUUGAAUCCCUUGUGCACCGAAAGGUGUAUGAAUACAUAGGGUACAUUAUGGACACUGAAGUACCAUUGCUUCGCAUGGGGCUAUGCUUUCUCGAUGACUGCACACAGAGGGAUUUACAAUCGCUAGUGGACACAUUGAAGCCUUCGUCAGUGGAAAUUCGAGUGGAAAACUGCGUCACUGCGAAACCCGAACCAUGGAGUGCAAGGCAAAUAGCAAUUGUAACAUUCCUGUUUGUUCUAGUCACCUUAAUAGCCGGGGCCACUGCUGUCGACCUUUACAUGGAUUUGAAGCCGAAAGCUGCGCAGAAAGGUGGUACGCUACUAAGGGUCGUCCUGGCAUUCUCGGCUGCGACCAACACGCGUGCAUUGUUCCAUGUGGCCGAUAGGACCAAGGCCAACCAAUACUCCCUGAGCUUCUUGCACGGCAUACGUGCCAUCUGCGUGGGACACGUUGUUCUCGGUCACUGCUACCAAGUAUUAUCAGAUACUUGGGGACGCCUGCUAAACUCUCUGAUCAUUACCGAUCAUUGGGGAACCCAGAUAAUAACGUCGGCAUUCAACAGCGUUGACACUUUCUUCUUCCUCAGUGGAUUUUUGCUGUGCCUUGCUAUCACAAAGCAAAAGAGGAAUGGACCCCUCGUCUUUCUAAUCGCUGUGAUCCGAAGGCUGAUCAGGGUUUCUGUGCCGCUCUUCUUUGUCAUCAUGUGCACCUACGUGCUUCCCCGCUUUGUAACUGGGCCUGAUGCCAAAGGGUUUUUCCGGACGCUUGACGAGGAGAUUGCUGAAACCUGGUGGGCCCUGAUUCUGCAGAUUAGAAAUUUCUUCGAAACGACCGAACGGACCCUUCUUGCUCACCUAUGGUACUUGUCUACAGACUUCCAGCUUUUUGUUCUCUCUCUUCUCAUACUGCUCGUACUGAAAAAGCGGAAUAAUUUGGCGCUGGCAACGUUCACAGUGCUUUCUCUUUUGGGUUGCGCCAUCGCAAUGUGGACAGCAACUAAUCCAAAUGUUCUACCUUUCAUGACGUAUCCUGCUCACACAAGAAGUCUACAAGUGACAACAUUCAACUUAUACUACACGCGACCUUUCUACCAUGCCGUAUGCUUCUUCAGCGGUUGCAUGACGUUACUCGUCUUGGAUGACUUCAGCAACCGUAAAAUUUCUAAGACGAUGCAGCUCAUAGGCUGGAGCGUGGCCGUCACCAGUGCGCUCUGCGCCAUCUUCAUGAAGAUUCCCUGGUACAAGCGUCGUGAUCCCACCUCGGGAGCCGUAAAACUGGUGGCAGCUUUCUUUGAGCGAGUCCUUUGGUCGCUGUUCCUUGCCUGGUUCACGUUAGCUUGCGCAUCGGGACGAGGCGGAUUCGUCGGUCGAUUUCUAUCUUCGAGCGUCUUCGCGCCACUAAGCAGGCUGUCAUUUAACGUGUACCUAAUACACUACCCAUUCCUCAUGGCAAUGUUACAGGCGUCUAGGGAGCGUAUACACGCUUCUCACUUUACUCAGGUGACCCUAUUCUUUGGGGUGCUAAUCUGGAGCUACAUUCUGGCGUACAUGGCAUUCCUCGCAUGCGAGGCCCCAACAGCAACGCUGGACAAGCUGGCCUUUCAAGGACUCGGAGAGCGAGGAACUUCCGUGAAGCAAGAACCACGGCCUGGCAGUGGCGACACAGUGUUAAAGCUCGAAGGCGCUUCAGCUCGUCCGUUCUCGGCUCGGCUGUAACCUCAUCCAAGAUAUGUAUAUAUAUUUGAAUAAACGAAGGA